UUGUCAUAUUUAUUGUUUGCUUCAAAGCGCCAUAUUACUGUGCAAUAAUUUUUACUUUGAUGCACAUAGAUAUCUCCAAACAAAGGUGAAAUGUCAUCAGAAAACUGAUAUAACUUAUAUUCAUGUACUAGAGUGAGCCACAUGUCAAACAUUCUAUACAAAUAUUUUCUUUUCAAGUUUUCAACAGCAAUGUGUGUUCCUUGAUCAAAGAGAUUCAAAUGGCGUUGGUACAAUCCAAUAAUAAGCCUAAAAAUGGUAAAGAUUCACUUCAGCAGAAUCAUGAAGAAAGUACAGAGAUCUCUGCUCCAUCGAUAUUAACAAGUAUAACAACAACUCUUCAAAGCACACAAGUGGAUGAAAUCACUGAGGAUUAUGAAAACUUUAUCAGUACAUCAGCGAUACUUCAUUAUUGUAAACACAAAAUACUCAGACCAUACUUGAGAUUGUUAAGCGUAAUGGGAUUAAAACCAACCAACAGUGAUGAUUCAGAUCAUUCUUUACAAUGUUCUAUUUUGGCAAACAUUCAUACUCUUCAAGUCACUAUAUUUAUAUGUAUUGGAUAUAUUUUACAAUAUAUGGCCUGUUUUAGGAGAGAUCGUGGAUUUUGUUAUGAAAUAUUAAUGCAGGAGCAAAAUGUUGGCAGGAAAGAGCCAUCCUGCUAUGGAAAUAUGAUAUUCAGUUAUUUACUUCCAAGUAUAUUGCAUCUAAUCGCAUAUUUAUACACAAUAUACUUGUUUCGGAUUAAAGAAAACGAACAAUUGCAAAAUCUUAUGGAGAGAGCGUUUCUGCUCUCCUCGAAUCCAAUAAAUCGGGGCAAUCAGAAGCGUCUUGUACAUAUAUUAUGGUUGUUCAUAGCAUUAAGCAUAGUGUGGAUGAUUACGGCAUUGAUUACUGUGAAUAUACAAAUGGCAAAAGGAAAUAUAAUGUUUCAGUGGGUGGAGAAUAGUCCAUACCAAGUGAAAGUAACACUGAAAGUAUUCCUGGUUAUUUGUACCUUAUGGCACGAUAUGAUUCAGGGAACUAUUAUAACGAGUUAUUGCUUGCAAGGACAGUUAUUGAUGUCACAUCUUUACUUUUUACGUGGAAAAUUGCUCCAGCAUAUCUUGCUACCCAUCGAUUGGAUGAGGGACAUCGACGAAUUCAAGAAAUUGUUGAAAUACUUCAAUGACGGAUUAGGCCCAGCUGUAUGCAUCUAUACUAUAGUGAAUCUGUCAUGGGCUAUUGCGGGUAUCGUAUGGUUAUUUCAAUACUACAUCAAUGAUGCAAAUGACAUCUAUCCAAUCACAUACGUUAAUGUGAUGAAUAUUAUAUUAUGGAUCUUGAUAUCAAUUGCUCCGUUUAUCCAGGCUGCGCGCUUAACGAAUGCUUGCUCCAUGAUUCAAGCCGUAGGACAUGAGAUACGUAUCCGACCGUUCGUGUAUCAAACCACUUCUGGAGAAGAUCUUGACAGUAUACUUUUGUAUACAUCUUCUCUGAAAAUGUGCGCCAAAUUGUUUAAAAUGCCUAUCAAAGCACUAUAAUCGAGACUGUGUUACAAGAUGAAUCGAAGAUUUUUCAAAUACAUAGAUAAUCUUUAUAACAAUUAUUUGUGAAUAAAAAAUUAUCAAUAUCA